CCGAAUGGCUGGAACGAGAAUUCCAGUUACGCGGUGCAUCUAAUGUCCACCGGUGAGCUCGUUUCCAUCUCCUUGCGGGGACCGCGCUCACGCACACAAACAGUGCGUUUGUCGGCCAAUCUGGUCAGUCACGUGCGACCAGUUUGUGUGGUCAGUCCGAGUGGGCCUGCGGAUCCAGUAUUUGGCGCGAAACGCUCAUUUGGUUCUGGUCUUCCUGGUGAAGAAGACACGUCUUGUCCGAUUAAGCGCUCGGCUGACGAGUCUACCAGUGCAAAAACAUCAACAGCAGCACUAGUCCCGGGGGACCCGAUUUCAGGGCGGAUCUCUAUGGCCCUCGUUGACGGAAUGUUGGUCUCGCGAGACGCGGAUUCCGAUUGUCCUGUUGUACUCUCACCGACUGGAAUCCCGUGCUGCAACUUAACUGAUUCGGUUACUGUGUUUUGGCUUCCGAUGGAUGCGCGAAUAGGCCCAGACGAGUUACCCCAAUUCGUUCGUCGGUGUUGCACUCCUCGAUUAGCUAUCUGUCUCCCGUUCGAGGUGGCCAUGAAAGUGGUCAGUUUUGAUGAUGAUUGGUAA